ACACGGGGCCGCCUGGGCCUCGCCCGGCCAGCGCGGGGCCCCUCGCGCGGGGCGGGCCGCGGGCCCGCUGCUGCGGCCCGCAGGAAGCCAAGGGGCGCUCGGAGCGGCGGCAGGGAGGAGAAGGAGGCCCGGCCGCGGGAAGAGGGCUGCGGAUAGGGAGGAAGAGGAGGAGCCCCGCCGCCCCCCGCCCGCCGCAGGAAGCCGCCGGAGGAUGUACGGUAGUGCCGGGGGCCCGGCCGGCACGCCGUGACAGCCCGCCCCAGCACCCCGCUCGCCUCGCCACGGCCGGCCGAACCCCUUCCUGCGGAGGAAACAUGUCCAAGAUGCCGGCCAAGAAGAAGAGCUGCUUCCAGAUCACCAGCGUGACCACGGCGCAGGUGGCCAGCAGCAUCACCGAGGACACCGAGAGCCUGGAUGACCCGGAUGAGUCCCGCACCGAGGACGUGUCUUCUGAAAUCUUUGAUGUUUCCCGAGCCACCGACUACGGCCCCGAGGACGUCUGCGAGCGGAGCUCUUCCGAAGAGACUCUCAACAACGUGGGCGAGGCCGAAACUCCCAGCAGCGUCUCUCCCAAUCUCCUUUUGGACGGACAGCUGGCUGUGGCUGCUGCUGGGGUGGCUGCAGGCCCCAACGGGGGGGCUGUGCCCAAAAGUUCGGCUGUGCCCCUGGCAGCUGUUGCCCCUGGCACUGCUGUGGGGGGAGGCAGCAGUACUCAGGCUGCUCUGCCCUCCACAGGGCCUUCUGCAGCCGCUGCCUCCGGGGCCAUGUCUCAGACAGCGGCUGCUGCGUGCAGCUCACGCUUCAGGGUGAUCAAGCUGGACCACGGUACUGGGGAGCCCUACAGGCGAGGCCGAUGGACGUGUAUGGAGUACUAUGACCGGGACUCAGAUGGUGGUGGUGUUCUGAGCAGGACUGGAGAUUGCAUUAGGCACAGCAGCACCUUUGAACAGGCUGCUCAAGAGAGGGACAGUGGCCUCGGUGCCACAGGAGGUUCUGUUGUGAUCUCGGCUGUGCCAGCGUCAGCCCAUGGCCCCGAUUCUAUAGCUGACAGCUCCCUGGCUGCUGUGUCACAGCUGCUUCAGACAGAGAAAAUGAACCAGUCCUCUCUACAGCAACCUAAUUUUGUCAUUGGGCAACAGCAGCAGCCACCACAGCCCGUAGGUGGGGCCGUGCCUCAGAGUACUGCUCAGCCUGUGUUUUCCGGGGCUUCGGGAGCAAGUCAGCAAAUGAUAGUGCCGCAGCAGCCCCAGCCACAGGUAAAUCCACAGGGUGUUUCACAGGCUGGACCCAACGGGAAAGGCAUGGCACCUCCCAGUGUGACAGUAGGGCAGUCAAGCAUUCCUGUGGCCCAGCAGCAGGUGCAGCAGGCAAACGUACCAGUGACUCAGCCUCAACAAUUUGCUUAUUCUCAGUCCCAGAUUCCACCAGUGCAUCUACUGCCGACGCAGCCUCCUGGGCAGGCUGAAUACAUGCAGCACAUGACAAUGAUGCAGUCUCAAGGAGCUAUUCAGCAGGCUACUACAAGCUCUGCUCCGAGUACUGUGGCCUCCAGCCUUCCUGUGGGGCAGGUGACGGGCCAGAACCCCUCACCUGUGGGAGCACCAGUGAUGGGGGUGUCAGCGCAGCCCAGCGAAGCAGUCGGACAGGGAUCGGGGUUGAUGCAGAGUGGCCAGGCACAAGCCAGUCAACCUGGCAUCCCACAGCCAGGAGGUGUGGUGCAGCCAGGCCUUGGACAUACGGGGGUUGUGCAACAGAAAUCUGUGACUCAGCAUCCAAUGGGGGGAAGCAGUCAAGUGUCGGGAAUGCCUGGUGCUCCCCAUGCAGUGGUCCCUGGAGUUCAGAGCGUGCCUGCGGUUGUGCCCGGUACAAGCGUGCCUGGUGUGUCCACCACCACUUCUGUUACUAUGCCAAACGUCCCUGUUACGCUGGUCCAGUCCCAGCUGACGAGCCACCCUUCUGUCAGCAGAAGCACUGGUGUGGUCCAGUCCCAGCACGUCGGACACUCGAUGAUGCAAGGUGCGCCCAGCGCACCCGCCAGUCUGCCUCAGGCAAACCUCGGACAGUUUCAGACCCAGGCCCAGUCCUUAGUAGGCCAGAUUGAUGAUACUAGAAGAAAAUCGGAACCCCUACCUCAGCCACCACUUUCUCUUAUAGCUGAAAAUAAACCUCUUGUGAAGCCUCCCAUUCCAGACACUCUAGCAAAUCCUCUUCAGUUACCUGCAAGUACUCCAAUGAACAGUCUUGCUAGCUCUGUUUUUGGCAUAUCCAUUCCUGUUGAUGGUGAUGAAGACAGGAAUCCGUCAACUGCAUUCUACCAAGCGUUCCAUUUCAACAAGUUACACGAGUCAAAGACCACCUGGGAUAGGUAUGGAUGCUUGAGUAUGGAAUGCAUACAUGCUGAGGAUUUGCAAGUUGAGGCAUUGACUCUACAGUGGAUGGUGCACUCACAGAAUGUGUCACUCUCACUCCAUUCAGUCAUCCAAAAAGACUUUAUUUAGGAGAUAUUUGGGGUUUCUUCCUGGCCUUUUCAUAAGGACUGGAUUGUAUUUAUAAAUGUCAUUCUGCAGCCAUGGGAUAAAAUAUUUUUAUGCAAACUGGAAUUUGAUGUCAAGGGUUUAGGAUUUGAGAACAGUAUAAAAUUUUAAGAUUUGGCAGCACAUUUGGAGUUCCCCAUGAGAGUAGCUGUCACUGGAGUGCUCUGCUCAUGAAUGUCCCACAGGAGCUGCUGUUGGGAGCACUGUCAGAUUAAUGAACAAAAUCAUGUGGGAAUUGUAUAGCAUCUAAUUCUCAUCUUCCUUCAGAAAGUGAUAUGACGUACAGUCAGCUGAUUUUAUCCUGAUGACAAACUGGGGCACCCUGUGUCAGUGUGGAGCUCCUGGUGGCUGUGUGGGGGUCUGUGUGGCCCCAGCCUCUGCCUGCUGAGGCUGGGGUGGGUACAGGGACCCAGGCUCCGUGGUUCAGUCCUGGCGCAGCUGCUCUGCAGAUGGGGGCAGCAGGAGCCUUACAAAGGAGUGUACAAAGCUGCUUAGAGCUUUCAGCACUGUUGGUGUCGUGCCGAGUGUGGGGUCUGUGUGGUAAGGCAGAGGUUUUCCCAGCUCAUUCCAAUCCCUCUGCAGGGAGGGACAAUUCCUACACCCACCCAACAGGCAGAGGGGAGCUCAGAGCAAAAGGUGUGCACAGGGUGGGUGCAGCUCUUUGGGAGGCUGAGGGAAGGCUGCCUGUCUUUCUCAUGGAACUGCUUGAAUGCCUUUACUUGGAGUGAUAUAGCAGGGUUUAUUUUUUAAAAUAAUCACACUACAAAAUAGCUGAAACAGGGAUAGAAUAAAGUUCCAAUCUCAAGUUUGACUAGACAGGUAUUGACAAAAGUUGUACAAUUGUGCUGCAAAGAUGGGGAAGUAGAUCCCCCUGCCAUGUGUGGUGUUUGCUUUAAUUGUUUAAUUUAAUUCUCUUGCUGUUACCUCUUAGAGCUGCCUCAUCUGACCUGUAGGGUGGUGUCCAUAAAGGACUGUGAGAGGACAGGGAGUCUUGGGGAUUUUGUGGUUCAUGGACACAGAUACUUCUGACAGUGCCAGAUGACUCCGAUGCGUGUUAAUUCAGCAUGGAAAGGAAUACUUCCCUUGGCAUGAGUUAUAAAGAGCUUUUAUUCUGAGGAGGUUUACCAUAGAUAGGGUUUGAAAGAGGCUUAGAAGACAAUAAGAGACUAGAACAGUUUUCUUCUGAAAUGUGUGUUCAGGGCUUUUGGUUUGGGUUUCAAGAUUGGUUCAGUAGAAACAGAGGCUGUUAUUCCCUCAGUCUGCAAACCUGAUGCCCUCUGCUUGUAUAAGCCCGGUGCUGGUACUGACAGUUCUGUGGGAGCCCUUAAAAUUAACUUCUGACCAGUAUCACUCUUUGGGAGCUGAGCCAUGUUCCACAUCUGUGACUAGUACUACUGACCACAUUGCCAUACUCUUUGUAAAAAGCCUUGAGUGGUUUUUUUCUUAACACUUGGUUUUGGUGAGUUGCACAAUUCCAGAGAGGCGAGUUUUCCAGCAUGACUGCAACCCUUGCAUUUUCCCCAUGUUAACUCCACUAAACGUGGCUGCACACUGCUGAUAGCUAUGUCCAUGGCUGGGAGUUUUAUCAGCAGCUCUCACUGGUGGGGCUGUCACAGCCCAGGAGCCACUGUGUGUGUCAGGGACCCCUGAGAGCCGGGGUGGG